AUGGAGUACAUGCAAUUUUCCAACGCGCUAGAGGUGCGAGGUUUCACAAAGCGCUCUCGCUCAGACACCUACCCUUUCAUCGACCCGUCUUUACAAGAUUUUGCCGGAAAGUCAGUAUGCAUCACUGGUGCGUCCAGAGGCCUGGGGAAGGCAAUGGCGAUUGCAUUCGCCUCGGCGGGGUGUUCUAAAAUCGCCCUGGUAGCGCGCGGAGCCCUCAUUGAGGUUGCAAACGAAUGCAGAGAAGCUGCAGACCGAGCUGGUCGAGCCGUUCCAACCAUCGUCGAACUAUCUCUUGACGUGACAUCAGAGGAUAGCUUAAAUAAUGCUGCGAAAACAAUCUCGGAUGCGUUUGGUGGAUCUCUGGAUAUUCUCAUCAAUAAUGCCGGUUAUAGCGAAGGUCCAAGCCGUGUUGCCGACAAAGACUCGGAUCCCCAAGAGUGGUGGAGGACAUGGGAGGUUAAUGUCAAGGGGGUUUAUCUAUGUUGCCGAGCAUUCAUGCCCCUUAUUCUCGCGUCCAAGUCAAAAACAAUCUGCAAUCUGACAAGUGGCGCUGCGUUUGCCAUCUCAGGAUUGGCUUCGGCAUAUGGAGGCACCAAAUUCGCACUAUGUCGUUUCGGCGAGCACCUAGAUGCCCAGUAUGGAAAGGAGGGAUUGGUUAUUCACUCGGUGGAACCAGGAGCUGUGAAAACAGACUUGGCUAGCCAGCUUCAUCCCGACUUUACGCCGUAUCUGACGGAUACUGCUGAACUGGUGGCGAACACUCUGGUAUGGCUCACAGCUGAAAGGAGAGAAUGGUUGUCGCCACGGAUCAUUUGUUCAAAUUGGGAUAUGGAGGACCUGCUGAAUAAGAAGGAACCGAUUUUUUCUGGUGAUUUACUUAGGUUUAGAUUGUCUAUAUAG